UCCUGUUAUAUUGCUGAAUGUCUGAUUGGCAGUAACAGUUUGCAUUUUCACACAUAACUCUCCAUAUCUAUUCCAUCAUCACACCUCUUCUGUGAUUCAUCAGAGACACAAAAUUUCAAGCUUUGUCAGAUUCUUCUUCUUCUUUCUCCAUACCUCACCAGCUUCUCCAUAUAUCUCUCAAAUAAAAAAAAACAAACCCUAUAAAUUCCAGACUAAAAAAAGAAGAUAAUGGAUAACUCCGACAUGCUAAUGAACAUGAUGAUGCAGCAAAUGGAGAAGCUUCCUGAUCACUUCUCUAACCCAAACCCUAACCCUAAUUCCCAUAACAUCAUGAUGCUCUCCGAAUCCAACACUCACCCUUUUUUCUUCAACCCCAACCAUAUUCAUCUCCCACUACUUGACCCAACCAUCACUCACCAUCACCACCAACCCGGUUUAAAUUUCCGGUAUGCACCUUCCACUUCAUCAUCUCUCCCGGACAAAAGAGGUGGAGGAGGAGGCGACAACGCUAACAUGGCGGCAAUGCGAGAGAUGAUCUUUCGCAUAGCCGUGAUGCAACCGAUACAUAUUGAUCCGGAAUCUGUGAAGCCACCAAAGAGGAAGAACGUGAGGAUCUCUAAAGAUCCACAGAGCGUGGCGGCUCGACAUCGGCGGGAGAGGAUAAGCGAACGCAUUCGGAUUCUUCAACGUCUUGUUCCCGGCGGGACCAAGAUGGAUACUGCUUCGAUGCUCGAUGAGGCUAUCCAUUACGUUAAGUUUCUCAAGAAACAGGUGCAGUCGCUUGAGGAGCAUGCGGUGGUUAACGGCGGAGGAGUGGCGUCAGCACCGGCUUGUGUUGGUGGAGGAUAUGGUGGAAAAAGUUGUGGGACUAUGCGGUCUGAUCAUCACCAGAUGCUUGGAAAUACACAGAUUCUUAGGUGAUCACUUUUUAAAUGUAUUAGUUAUUAAUAUGGAGAGGAAAACAAAAAUUCUCGGUAACAAGUGAAAUUUAAUAUUAUGAGUGUUAUCUUUUAUAAACGUAUUUAAUUUUCCUGGUUUUAAUAAUGUCUAGGACGUUUUUUUAAGACAGACCAUUUUAGUGUAAAACUAAUUAUAGUAAUAUUCAAUUAUCA